AAUUACGGAAGCUGAGCUGGUCUGGAGUCCCUAAGCCAGUUCGUCCAAUUACGUGGAAGCUCCUCUCAGGUUACCUUCCUGCCAAUGUUGACCGAAGACCAGCCACUCUCCAGAGAAAGCAAAAAGAAUACUUUGCUUUCAUCAAGCACUAUUAUGACUCGAGGAACGAUGAAGCACACCAGGACACUUACAGACAGAUCCACAUAGACAUCCCUCGGAUGAGCCCUGAAGCACUAAUACUUCAGCCUAAGGUGACGGAGAUUUUUGAAAGGAUCUUGUUUAUAUGGGCUAUCCGUCACCCUGCCAGUGGAUAUGUUCAGGGGAUAAAUGACCUUGUCACUCCUUUCUUUGUGGUCUUCAUUUGUGAGUACUUAGAAGUGGAGAAUGUGGACACAGUCGACGUCUCCAGUGUGCCUUCAGAAGUGCUGCGCAACAUUGAGGCCGACACCUACUGGUGCAUGAGCAAGCUGCUGGAUGGCAUUCAGGACAACUAUACCUUUGCCCAACCUGGGAUUCAAAUGAAAGUGAAGAUGUUGGAAGAACUGGUGAGCCGGAUUGAUGAGCAAGUCCACCGGCACCUGGAGCUGCAUGAGGUGCGGUAUCUGCAGUUUGCCUUCCGCUGGAUGAACAACCUGCUGAUGAGGGAGGUGCCCCUUCGCUGUACCAUCCGCCUGUGGGACACUUACCAGUCUGAACCCGAGGGCUUUUCUCAUUUCCACUUGUACGUUUGUGCUGCUUUUCUCAUGAGAUGGAGGAAAGAAAUACUAGAAGAAAGAGAUUUUCAAGAACUGCUGCUCUUCCUCCAGAACCUGCCCACUGCCCACUGGGAUGAUGAGGACGUCAGCCUGUUGCUGGCUGAGGCCUACCGCCUUAAGUUUGCCUUUGCAGAUGCCCCUAAUCACUACAAGAAGUGAGCCUGGGGCCCAUGGCAGUGGCCUCGCCUUCAGAGCGGCAUCCCCUUCCCACCUGGCUGGAUACAGGCCCCUUUGAGCUGGUUCUGGGUCAGGCAUGGCCUUGCAGGGCAGCCUUGCCCUGCAGUUGACCUGCUAGGAUGGGCCCCCAUUUGGUCCAGGGCUGGCAGGGGUGAGCAACCUCAGUUUCCUGAGAUACCAAAGAGAGCCAAAGAAGAUCUGCGUUCGGAGGCCACACAUGGUCCAGAUGUCCCUCUCCCUGUCCCUGGUGCGUCCUUGCCAAAUGCUUACCUCCUGGACCCCUGGCUGAGGGCAGUCCAGAGGCAGCCUCUCUCAGAGAGGCCUGCUGUCCAGGUGCCAGGCAGAGGUGGGUGGGAUAGCUAUCUCAGACCUGCUCUGAAAUGCAAAACUCUGUUCUGUUGAGUGCAAGAGAAUAAAACACACAAAAUGUUGAGCAACAUGUCACAGUAAGCAGGGUCUCUGCAUGCAGAGCUCCAAUAGCCAGCGAUCUCUGGCCCUAGCUUGGUGUGAACUUGGCUGGAAGUGGGUGUCAGCCAGGAGUGGGAUCCCGAGGAGGCUGUGAGACAGAGGCCAGGAACAGAGUGAGGAUUGUCACAGUUGCCUUACUUAUUUCUAGUCACCCCCACUCCUUGCCCUUGGUGGUCUCUGUCAAAAACCCACCAUGGUGGGGGAACUGCUCUCGGUCAAGGCUCUAGGGACAGCUGCACAGGCUCAUGCUGGGGCAUUAGCUGGAUGUGUGUGGCAGCCUGCAAUCCUGCCCUGCACAGUGGGCUUCCCACAGGGCCGCUGGUCUUCCUGUGGAGAGUCGCCGCUGGGGACGCUGGCCACUUUCCACAUCAGCCAGGAGUUAGGCUUUGCUUCCAGGUUGAUUGGCUCUUAGGCUCUGCUGGGGCUGGAUUUGCUACUCUGAGGCCUUCAAACCUGCAACCACACAUUCUCCCAGGUGUGUCAUAGGCUGCCUGGCCUUGGUGACAUGGACACCCCCAUAUAAUCACUGGCCACAUGUGAAGCAGCAGCCACAGCCUCUCUGACCCAGAGCCAGGGUAGUCUCCUGCCCUCAGAGACCUACAGUGGCCCCUUCUCAGAUCAGUCCCUCUUUUAGGAGCAGGUAUAGACCCUGCCCAAGCCCCGGGACACUGCUUGGAGGCCAUGGAUAUAUAGAGGUGUGGUGUGUGUAUUCUCGCUUCUACUAAAAUAACUCUUGGGUCACUACCUAUGGCAUGAAGUCAGCACAGAACGCUGUGCAAAGCUCAUGUGCUCCCAGGUCAGUGGCAGGAUCCAGAGCCUUUGACCAGGUACGUGUACCUCACGCCCCACCCCAGAAUCAGGUUUCUUGACUGGCUCUGAGUGGACCUCCUCCCCACCCACUCCUUUUCUGGGGGUCAGGGGUGUCCAGUUAAAAAAGCCACCCCUGUGCUCUGUGCAGAAGCCCCCAUCUUAUUCAGCCAAGACUGACCCUUGGAAUGUCCCCUUCCACAUCUCUGAUUUCUUUGCACAGCCAGAGUGUUGGGGUCACAGAGAUCUGCCUCUUGAGACAGAUUUUUUUCCAAAGGAUCUCAAAGUUAAGUCCUGCGUGUAUUUUCAGGUGUGCAAUGCUAGAUUGGAUGUGAGGCAGGUUGGUGACAGUCCUGAGUCCAAGCAGCUGAACUGAGCUGGUUGGGCUGUGUGUCUGGAAUGUGAUGUGCUGGAGACCUGGAAUAAAGAUGCUUACCAUAGCCCGUGGCCUUGGCCUGUGAUU